UAAUCGCGGUUUUUUUGAAUAACCAAGGCUUCCAAUUGACACAUCGAUGGCGCUGCACAUACCGUCAAUGAAUGUAAACAAAGGAUUUAGUUGAGUGUUGAUCGCCUUGGAGUUUGGCAAGAAAUAUUUGCAAAAUUAGACUUUCUUAAAUUAAAAUGAAAUUAAUUGCAUCCCAAAGAGCCGUACACGUUGAAGUGUGUGUCAAGCUAUUGCCAGGGAAACGCCUGGAGCAAAUGCAAGCUGCAAUUGAUGGACCACUACGAGAUAUUUUAAAAGUGAAACAACUGCCUUUCAAUGAAAUAAUCAAAUUGCCGAAGGAGGAAAUUGAAGAUGAAUCACUACAAUGUGUGGAGAGCAUUUUACUGGAAUGUGAAGCUAAGAAAGACGGGGAGCUUUUGUCUGCCGAUGAUUUUGACUUUCUGGUUUUCCAUUACUAUUGGCCUCAGAUCCGUAGUAUGGAAUUGGAAAUGUUUGAAACAGAUACGGAAUCUGAAUCAAUACCUGCUUCCAGCCAUUGGUUGCUGCCAUGUCAACCGUUUGUGGGUCUUUGGGAAAAUCUAAUUUAUGAUAGCGGCUCCAAGGAGAAAUUAUUGAAAUUUGCUCUCUCCGCGCUGUUAUUCUCUCAGCAUAAUGUCAAUUCAAAUAUUAUUUCAUGUAAUCGUCUGAUACUGCUUCAUGGACCACCAGGCACCGGAAAAACCAGUUUGUGCAAAGCAUUAGCUCAAAAAUUAGCCAUUCGUUGUCGGCCGAUAUUUCGACAUACCCAUUUGAUAGAAAUCAAUUCACAUUCAUUAUUUUCCAAAUGGUUUUCGGAGAGCGGAAAACUGGUUAUGCGUCUUUUUGCUAAAAUCAAAGAGAUCAUCGAAGAUCCCCACAGUUUGGUUUGCGUUCUAAUCGAUGAAGUGGAGUCCUUGGCCUAUGCACGCGAUUGUAUGUCCGGACAGGAGCCCAAAGAUGCUAUGCGUGUGGUGAAUGCCUUACUCACACAGCUGGAUAAUAUAAAAGAGCAUCCUAAUGUUCUUAUUUUGGCCACUUCAAAUCUGGCUGACACAAUCGAUUUGGCAUUUUUGGAUAGAGCAGACAUCAAACAAUACAUAGGACUGCCUAAUGUAUUGGCCAUAAGGAAAAUCUAUGAAUCCAUGCUAAUGGAGCUAGUAAGAGUUGGCAUGAUUGAUGGCAACUCAUCUUUGCAAGGUGAUGACAAACAUGAGGGCUUGCUCAUUGAACUCUCCAAGCGAAGCAAAGGUCUGAGUGGACGUACACUGCGAAAGCUGCCUUUUUUGGCUCAUGCUGCCCAUGCUUUCAAUGUAGAUUUUGAUUGUACUGCACAGAUUAGUUUGGCCGAUUUUCUUGAUUCCAUGUUGCAAGCCUUGGAGAAGCAUCAUGAGGAUCGCAAUUUAAUGAAAACCAAAAAAUCCGAGUAAUAUUUGUAAGUAAUGCCACAAGUUUUAAAUGUAUCAGCAAGAAGUGCGCGCAAACUUUUUGCCAAGUUAUUAUGAAUAAAAUACUGAACCUCCUUAAUAAUGAAA